AUGAGAGAUCCAGCUGGCGUGGCUGCAAUUUCCUGUCUUUGUCCUCUGGUUGUCUUCCUAUGUGUUGUCUCCCAGAGUUGUUAUGGGCCAAACUCCAGAGCAUCCAUCAGAGUACAGAGGAACGAGACCAAGUUGCUGGAGACGGACAAGGAUUACCCCCAUCGGCCCAAGAGAGGCUGGAUCUGGAACCAGUUCUUUGUUCUGGAGGAACACAUCGGACCUGAACCUCAGUACGUUGGAAAGCUCCACUCCAACUCUGACAAGGGCGAUGGUUCUGUGAGCUACAUCCUGUCCGGCGAGGGAGCCGGGUCCAUUUUCCUCAUUGACGAAACAACGGGUGACAUCCACGCAGCCAAGAGCCUGGACCGUGAGAGGAAGUCCCAGUACGUCCUACAUGCAAGGGCCAUCGACCGGCAGACCAACCGCUCCCUCGAGGCAGAGUCAGAGUUCAUCAUCAAGGUCCAGGAUGUUAAUGACAAUGCUCCAACAUUCCCUGAUGGACCGUUUUUAGCAUCUGUGCCUGAGAUAUCUGAUGUUGGAACGUCAGUUUUGCAAGUGACCGCCUCAGAUGCAGAUGAUACGACGUACGGAAACAGCGCCAAGAUAGUUUACAGAAUCCUGGAGGGACAGCCCUACUUCUCUGUGGACCCCAAGACAGGUAUCAUCCGUACAGCGAUGUCCAACAUGGACCGUGAGACCAAGGACCAGUAUGUUGUGGUGAUCCAGGCCAAAGACAUGGCGGGCUCGGUCGGAGGACUGUCUGGAUCUACUACCGUCAACAUCACCCUCACCGACGUCAAUGACAACCCGCCAAAGUUUCCACAGAAGAGCUACCAGCUGUAUGUAGCAGAGCUGGCUCCAGUAGGGAAGGCCGUGGGUCGGAUCAGAGCCAGCGAUGAAGAUGAGAAGCAGAACGCUGAGAUGACCUACAGCAUCACUAAUGCCGACGCAGCUGCCUUUUUCACCAUCACCACCGAUGCUGACCGCAGGGAAGGAAUCAUUUCCCUCAAGCAGCCUCUAAACUAUGAGAAGAGAAAGGUUCACACACUCAACAUUGAAGGCUCCAACACUCAUCCAGACCCCCGCUUCGCCCACCUGGGGCCAUUUAAGGAUUCUACAUCGCUGCGAGUCAUUGUGGGUGAUGUGGAUGAGCCUCCUGUCUUCUCCAUGGACUACUACAUUAUGGACAUAUAUGAAAACUCACCUGCCGGCACCCAGGUUGGCACUGUAACCGCCGUGGACCCUGAUAGCACCAACAGCGCUGUCAGGUACUUUAUAGAAAACGGAGAGGAAAGACCAUUGCAUUUCACCGUCGGGGUGAACAGCGGCAUCAUCAGGACUACUCAGGUUCUGGACCGGGAGGAGACUGCGUGGCAUAACAUCACUGUGAUGGCUGCAGAGGUUGAUAACCCUCGUAUGGUGAGUCACGUCCCAGUCACCAUCCAGGUCCUGGACGUCAAUGACAACAUUCCAGCCAUCUCCGGAGGCAACAGUGCCGUCAUCGUGUGUGAGAGCACCAAAAAUGGACAGGUGAUUCAGACCGUCCGAGCAGCAGAUCUUGACAACUUUGCAAAUGGAAGGUUUUCCUUCUAUGUGCCUGCCGAGCUUCCAGCCAAUCCAAAUUUUACUGUGAAGGACAACGGAGACAACACUGCCAGUAUAAUAUCUCAUCGGCGUGAGGGCUUCAGCCAGGACAGAGACCCGGAAUUCUUCAGCCUGGUGUUGGUCGUGGCUGACGGCGGGGAGCCUCCUCUGAGCAGCACCGCUACACUCUCCCUCAGGGUGUGUGUGUGUCAGAGGAACGCCAGGGAGCGCAACAGCAACAAUGUCUGUCAGGCCCAGGCUUUCCUGUCUUCGGCUGGUCUCAGCACUGGGGCUUUUGUAGCCAUAUUGCUUUGUAUUGUCAUAUUAUUAGCCAUAGUGAUGCUAUUCACCCAGCUGCGAAACAAGAAAGCGAGCAAAGAGUCGUUGAUUCUCUCCGAAGAAGACAUCAGAGAAAACGUGGUAACCUAUGACGACGAGGGAGGCGGGGAGGAAGACACGGAGGCCUUUGACAUUGCCGCACUUCGAAAUCCCAAAGCCUCCGAGCCUCGCAGAAGGUUCCACACCUACCUCGGCCAUGGACCAAGCCCAUACGGAGAGGAGGACGAGAUCGAGGAGGACACGAUUGAGGAUGGCGAGGAGGGGAUUACGGUGGUGAGGAGGAGGAAAGAACGGGAGUUAGAUUUCGGGAAAUACAGCCCGGAGUUGGAAACUACCUGGUUUGUCAUUGACUGCGUUCCGCGAGACAUCAGCCAGUCGGCGCCUUCGCUUCUGCUAGACGGUCAGGACAUCAUUCAGCAGAUCAUCCAAAAGAAGGUGGCCCAAGCGGACUCUGACACACGGGGCCCACCAUAUGACUCGCUUCAAACGUACGCCUACGAAGGCCGUGGGUCCUUGGCCGGCUCAGUCAGCUCUCUGGGCCUGAAUGCGGCAGUGCCCGAACUAAACUAUGCCUUCUUGGAAGACUGGGAGCCAGAGAUGCAAACACUGGAACCAGUGCAACUGGCUACAGGUCAAGCUAACCCUGACACCUAAAGAUUUCCAUCAGAAGUUUUUUUUUUUUUUUUUUUUUUUUAAACCUUUGGCCAGAUUUGCUGAAACGUAUUGCUUUUUAACUUGUGUCAUUUAAACAUGGGUGCGGGGAGGCCAAAUGACUGCCGCAAAAAGCUGGCAAAUAGGAACUGUGAUAUCAUGUGAAAUCAGAGGAUAAGAAAAGCCAUUUAUUUGUAACAUGAGAGAAGAACACAGGCUGAAGGGAGAUUUUGGCAAAAACAAGUGCAUUGCUGAAGUGUGGGACAAAAUGCAAACUGAGAAGACCAGAGUUUUAACAUGACAGGUGAGCUAAUGGGGUUUUCCCUCUGCUCUGCUUGUUAUGUAUGUUAGUUGAAAAGGUACAGCUAUUCCUUGGCCCAAAGGAUUCUAGCCUUGAUCUUCAUGGUUGCUAAAACAUUUUAAAAACCCGGAGCUGUAUACCAAAUUGGCUUGGAACAUGAUGACCCACUGUUCACGGGUCAUAUCACCAAUCAUCCAUUGGCUUGAAAUAUGGGAACAUAUGGGAGUUGUAUUUAUUUCUUAUUCAUAAAAAAACAAAGAAAGAAAGAUCAGCCACAGAGUUCUCACCCACUGUCUUGAAAACUUUGUUGGUCUUUUUGCAGCUUUUCUUCUUCAUCUUAUAUCACCAGCAGGAAAGUCGUCAUUAGACUAUUUUACUACAUUAUUCACAAACCUUCCAAAAUACUAUUGAAAGGCUCCAGCGAAUUUAAAACUGUCUCAAGAUAAAGGUAAUAAAGAGGGGGCACAUCAGUUAGGUUCAUUUGAGGCUUUGGUACAAGGUUCCUUCACGUUCCGCUGUGUUUUAGAAACUUGGACGUUUCAGAUAUACAAUUUUAUAGAUUCAACAGAAGUUAUCUCAGUACACUUUCCAUAUAGAGUAGGUUUAGACCACACUAUAAUUUACAGAGACCCAACAAUUUCUCCAAACAGAACC